AUGAUACACAAGAAAUCUACCGGUAUUGAAAGGAUCAAGUCUCUUUUUCGCUCACUUGAAAUCAACAGACAGCUCUCCUGCGGAUACAUUAAACAGUUUGCCGAAACAAGGAACCUAAUACUGAAUGGUAAUAAUAACGCAUCUACCUUAGAAUCUGAGGGGAUUUUGAUCGGUAAACUAGAGACAAAUACCAAGGAAUCUAUUGAAGAUUUGAAGCACGCUGAAGAACACAUUACUCUCUUGGAACGAGGGAAAACAACCAGCGAAUUGGCGAUAUUAAAAGAAACACUUAAAGAAUGGAAGCGUGAUGUAGUUCUUAGGAUCGUAUUAACCUCUAAUCUGGUAAGUUAUAGUACGAGACUCUUCAUGUCGAUAGUCACGACUAGACACUGA